AUGUUCGUAGUGACUGAUGAGGGGGUUGACGAUCGAGAAAAUGAGGAUUUAUAUGCAUGCUACUACAGUGAGCAUGAACGUAGAGACAAGUUUCGGCGAUUUAAUGCUCGUAGUCCUAAAUUUGGAGGCGAGGAUGGCCCCCUAAAGGCCAGACUCUGGGUUCUUAAGUUGGAGAGAUUGUUUAAGUUUUUAGAUUGCUCCGACGAAGAAAAUGUUUCGUUUGCCACUAUCAUGCUCGAAAACGAUGCUAUCGAUUGGGCGAUUUGGCUGGAAAAAAAUGUAGCUCCUCCAAUCACAUGGAAGGACUUCAAGAAGGAAUUCCUUGAAAGGUACCAUCCAUCUUGGAUGCAGAAAGAAAACUUUACUAUGCUCUGCAAGCUGGUACAAGGAGAUAAAACUGUGGUUGAAUAUGAUAAAGAAUUUGAUAGAUUGUUUCAUCUUGCCGGUGAGUGCAUUCAAAAUGAUGCAAUGAAAUCUUCCAUGUUUUUCAAUGGUUUGAGGUCUGAAUUCAAGCUAAAAAUUGACAGCAUGCAGUACGCCGAUAUUAGAGAUGUGGCAAUAAAAUUGGAGCGAGACUUUGUUUAG